CACGCUGAGCGAGCAGUCAGGCGGACUUUCUGACACAAACUUGACUAAAACUCGCUCCGCUUCUGGUCCAGAAAUGGCCCAGAUCACGGCCGCAGGAACCGAGCCGGACCACCAGCCGCCGUCCAGCCCGACCAGCCCCGCCGGAGCGGCGGGAGCCGGCCCGGAGGGGCAGGAGUCGGCCCCCGGCGGCAGCAGCAGUAGCGGGGGCUGCCCGGAGCAGCCGCGCGGCCGGAGCCCGGUGCUCCGUCCCGGAGCCUCGCCGGACCCGGACCGGGACCCGAGCCGGGACCAGGCCGGUCCCCGCGGGGCUGCUGCCGGGGGGGGACCGGGGCCGGGUCCCGGGGACUCCGGGGGCUCCGGGGAGGGCUCCCGGGGGCUGAAGCAGGAACAAAGAGGCGAGGGGGGCAGCGCGCCCUGCUGCCCCCACACGGACUCCAGCAAGCCCGGGGCCGGGGAGGGGGGGCCCGGGGGGAGCACCGGGGGACCCGGGGGGGCCACCGGGGCCAGGGGCCCCAGGGACGGGGAGCCGAUCAGCCGCGUGGACUCCGAGGACAGUAUGGGCUCCACCCUGAUGGACGUGGAGAGCAUCGCGUCCAGCGGCCGCUCCACCCCGGCCAUGCUCAACGGCCACGGCGGGGGGAUGGCGCUAGCGGCGGCGGCGGGGGGGAAGAGCCUGAGCUACACCUGCUGCUGGGACCAGUGCCAGCUGCUGUUCCCCUGCAGCCCCGACCUGGCCGAGCACAUCCGGACCUGCCACGUGGACGGACAGCGCGGCGGGGUGUUCGUGUGUCUGUGGAAGGGCUGUAAGGUGUACAACACUCCGUCCACCAGCCAGAGCUGGCUGCAGAGGCACAUGCUGAGUCACAGCGGAGACAAGCCCUUCAAGUGCGUGGUGGGCGGCUGCAACGCCACCUUCGCCUCGCAGGGCGGCCUGGCCCGCCACGUCCCCGCUCACUUCAGCUCCCAGGGCUCGUCCAAGGUGAACAAUCAGAGCCGGGUGAAGGAGGAGUCUCCGUCCAAGGCCGGCCUCAACAAGAGGAGGAAGCUACGCAACAAGUACAGGCGCUCGCUGCGUACGUCUCUCUCUCUCACACACACACAAAUCAAAGCCCGACCCCACGACUUCUUCGACGCUCAGACCAUGGACGCCAUCCGCCACCGAGCCAUCUGCCUCAACCUGGCCACGCACAUCGAGAGCCUGGGCAACGGCCACAGCGUGGUCUUCCACAGCAGGGUCGUCGCUAGGAGGAAGGAGGAUUCUGGGAAAGUGAAAGUGCUUCUGCACUGGACACCUGAGGACAUUCUUCCAGAUGUUUGGGUGAACGAGAGCGACCGACUGCAGCUGAAGACCAAAGUGGUUCAUCUGUCCAAACUGCCCACGGACACAGCUGUGCAGCUGGACCCCAACAUCUGCAGGAUGUUCUUCUGACCUCCUGCAGCCACGAGGAGUCUCCUCCCUGUGAAUCUGUGAACCUGCUCCAGGAUCCUCAGGAAUGACCCGUCUGAACCUCCCUCACCUGUCUGACUCCUCCCCCUCACCUGUCUGAAAUCAUGACUCCUCACCUGUC